AAUAGAUUUGUUUGAAGACAGUCAAGCACAGGCGUCUCUGGCCAAAAUGGGAACCAAGCUACACACGGUGUAUAUUCCUCUAGACUAUGCAGAUUCUAGCAAGGGAACGAUUCGUCUACAAAUGGCACGCAUACCUGCAACUCAGCAGCCCAGUCGGGGUGGUAUCUUUUUCAAUCCCGGCGGACCUGGUGGGCCUGGUACGCUCGGUAUAGCUCAAAUUGGAAGCGAACUUGCAGAAAAGUGGGGCGCAGACUGGGACUUUGUCUCGUGGGAUCCUC